AAUGAUCGGCUAUGUACCACAGGCCUUCACAGGCACAAUAAUGCAUUACAUUACUGCAUUACUAAAAAAUGUAAUGUGAUUACAGUGAGGUGUUACACCUGACACGGUGUAAUCAGCCCUCUGUGUGUCUUUUUAUAAGAAUCCUCACAGUGUGUCUCACUGACAGCAGUGGCCUCUCAGGUCUCUGUGACGCUGCCAUCGUUCUGCUGUUACGAUGCCAGCGUGCUCACAGGGCAGUCUGGGUUUACCUUCUCUCUGAUUUCUGCAGUAACACGGAGGAGUCGUCCUCACGCCUGACGAAAUAAACCGGUCGGUGAAAUGACGUGAAAAGGAUUUAAAAUAAUAAAAACCUGUUUGAAUAAUCAGGAGGAAAAGACGUUUAUGGAGUUAGAGUUUGUUUGAGGAAGUUGUUCAGUCGUUACGACCCUUUGUGUCACGUGUUACUUUUACUAAAAUAACAUGAGAGAGCCUGACCGUCUUAUUUUGAAAAUCUCCAAAAAUACAACAAACCCUGCUCUUUAAACCUGCUGAUGCAGUAAAUCCCGAGAAUACAGACAAAGUGUUUCCUGCAAAAAGGCCUGAAUUAAAUCACCAAGUACUCAAAUCACACGUUACACAAACCGCAUCUUUAAACGAAACGUUGGUGGAAACGAGACGCUGAACACACGUCAGUGAUCACCACACCGCUGCUGCAGAUUUUCCACUCUGAUAACUGUGGAAUGAAAGAAACCUGACCUGCAGGUAACAGAAGCAUUCAUGUGAUCUCACAGAGCUCCGCCCUCACCUGUCUCGCCUGCCGUAAAUCAGAAAGCAGGUUGUUAUUCUAACCAAAGACAGAGACGGACAGACUGAGCUUCAGCUGCUGAUGCUCCGCAGUGAAGGCUCACGGGGAUUUCCAUUUAUCAGUAGCUUGUGUCGUGCAGCUUCGUGCCACAUGGAGAACAGGUUCUGUGGUUUGUGUCUCAUGCGGUGACAAUAAAGGCAUUCAUUCAGCAGCAGAGGAGGGAGGGGAACCAGGACUGACUGUACUUCCUGUCUGCUGCUUCCAGCCUCACUCAGAGACUCCAUGGCUUCCAGAUCAGAGGAGGAUCUGUGCUGUCCGAUCUGUCGCGACAUCUUCAGAGAUCCCGUUCUUCUGUCGUGCAGCCACAGCUUCUGUAAAGACUGUCUGAGGAGAUGGUGGAGAGAGAAGCCAACACAGGAGUGUCCGAUGUGUCAGAAAAGAUCUUCGAGGGUGGAUCCACCGGUUAGUCUGGUGCUGAAGAACCUGUGUGAGUCGUUUGUAGAGAGGAGAGAUCAGAGAGCUUCAGAGGAUCUCUGCAGUCUGCACUCUGACAACGAGCAGACGAAGCACAGCGACCACAAGUUCAAGCCCAUCGAUAAAGCUGCACAACAACACAAGAAUGACCUUCAGGAAACUGUGGAAGCUUUAAAGCAGAAGUUAAAGGUCUGUGAAGAAGUCCAGGUGAACUUUGAUCAAACAGCAGGACACAUUAAGGCCCAGGCCCGACGCACAGAGAGGAAGAUUAGGGAGCAGUUUAAGAAGCUUCACCAGUUUCUAGCAGAGGAAGAGGAGGCCAGGCUGACCGUGCUGUGGGAGGAAGAGGAGCAGAAGAGCUGGAUGAUGAAGGAGAAGAUGGAGGCUCUGAGCAGAGAGAUAGCAGCUCUUUCAGACACAAUCAGAGCCACAGAGGAGGAGCUGAGAGCUGAAGACGUCUCAUUCCUGCACAACUACAAGGCUGUGGUGGAAAGAGCCCAGCGCUGCCCCCUGCUGGAUGAUCCACAGCUGCCCCCGGGAGCUCUGAUAGACCAGGCCAAACACCUGGGCAACCUGACCUUCAGCAUCUGGAACAACAUGAAGGACAUGGUCUCCUACACUCCUCUGAUCCUGAACCCAAACACUGCAAACCCAGAACUGACCCUGUCCGAGGAUCUGAGCAGCGUGAGGGUGGGUGGGCUGCAGCAGCUCCCCGAUAAUCCAGAGAGGUUUGAUCAUCUCUGCUUCGUCCUGAGCUCUCAGGGCUUCACCUCAGGGGCCCACAGCUGGGUGGUGGAGGUUGGAGACUGCGGACACUGGGGACUGGGCGUGUUAGCGGAGUCCGUCCGGAGGAAGGGACCCAUACGCUCUGGAUUUGGUGGAAUAGGAUUCAAUCAAGGUGAAUACUCAGCUCGCUCAGGAUCUGCUGCCCCCACCGUCCUGCAGCUGCAGAAGAAGCUCCAGAGGAUCCGAGCGAGUCUGGACUGGGACGGAGGACAGCUGUCGUUCUCUGACGCUGACACUGACACACACAUACACACCUUCACACACACUUUCACGGACAGGAUGUUUCCCUUCAUCAGCAUCGGGGAUAAAGUCCCAGUGAAGACUCUGCCCGUGAAGCUGUCGGUGGAUCGGAGCUAUUAAACCAAACGACACGUGACCCCGUCUGAGCCCGGAGGGAGGAGUGUGUGUCUGCUGGACAGGUUUGUUCUCGUAUGUAACUCAUGUUGCUGUGUAUAAGCCUGUGUGUGGAUCAGCAGCUCAUCUCUCACUGUUCACCUGAACUGUCCUCUCAGCAGCCUCUGUCCACAGACUGUAAAUAAAAGAGCUCAGCUAAUGUGACCUCUGACCUCUUCACUUGUUCUCAGACAGCUGACACUGCACGCACACACACGCACACACACACCCACACACACACACGCACACACACACUCUCUACUGUGAUACCCAGGGUCACACCAACAGAGCCUUGGCCUCACCUGACAUGGCACCUGAGGGUGGAGGGCUCAGAGGGCUCAUUCAGAGGCCCCUCCUCCUCUGUGCGACUCUCGUGUUACGGCUCGCUCUUGGCCUGACCCCGCCCCCGUGGGAGGCGCUGACAUGAGCUGCUGUCACAGGGCACACCUAUCUCCACCACACGAACAUGGCGACUCAUUCAAAUAAGACAUUUGAAAUCUGAGACGGUGCUUCUCAGAGUCAAAUCCACAGUCAGCAGCCGUCACAGCUGCAGGCAGCUCGCUCCAAGCUGCACUCACCUCCGACCUGUGUUUCUUUCUCCGCCCUUCCUGGCAGGUACUAAGAGCUUUCCUGUGCAAGGACCUGACACGUAAUAAUCUCAGGCAGCUGUUCGGAGAGUUUCUCCUCAAGCGAAGGUGUGACAAACGGCUUUCUCUGCUGCCGCAGGAAAUACAGCUCUCCAGCUACCUCAAUGAGUCAUGAAGGAAAGAUGGCGGAGUGCCUCGGGAGCUGUGCGGUGAUGGAAAACCAACACUGGGACUCAUUUGUGUUUGUUGAACAGCAGCAGAGAUGAAGAAGUGCCUCAGAGGACUCGACGGCGAGCAGCCAGCAUGUUCCUGAGGCCUUUAGUAGACGCGCAGGCAGGAAGUCGCUUUAGUUCUGCCUGACUCUGAUUUACAGACCAACCGUGGAGCACGCCGCUGAAGCCCGAUGAUGAGCUGUCAGCACAGCGAACGCACCAUGAUGCACGACGAGCCGAACACACGAGCGUGGCGGGGAGACGGAACUUCGCUGUCAGAAGGGUUACUGCAUUAAACAACGCCCACUUUGAUGCCGUGAUGACGUCCUCGUCAGAACACCUGGACAGGUUCCUCUGAGCUCCUCCGGUUCCAGCCCGGCGCCCCGGAGCGUUUGGUGCCCGGCCCUUUGAAGCCUCGGUAGAGAGCUGUGAUUGGCUCCUGGAAUAUUUCAGCUGCUCUCACGCCCGAGGACGUUUCUGUGCCGCAGCGCUCGGCCCGUCUCCUGCUGCCUCCUGCUGCCGGUCGCUCCAGCUCCCGUUUCCCUGUGACUCGGAGACCUGUCUGACCUCUGACCCCGAGCAGGCUCCUCCUCCUGGUCAGCAGCUCGUUAGAUGCAGCAAAGCUCCCAGAGCUUUAACUGACCUGCUCCUCCAGCCCCUCCCUCAGGUCGUCGGCCCGAGGAUCAGGGAUCAGCUGCCGUCAGACGGCGUUUGGGUAAUUAGGAGUCGGAUGUUCUUUAGAAAUAAACUUAUUUCACUCCAGACGUGUUCGCGUUGAGCGCCAUGAUGCGGUCACGUCUAGGCUCAGACUGUAAUCACACUUCAUGCAAACUCCUCUGACGGACCACAGGGAAGCACAUCUUGUUCCCUGGACCUGUGCUCGCGCUCUAGCAGACGACCCCCUCGGCCACAUGCACGAGUCAUGUUUCUGUGCAGAGUGACAGCACCAGUUCACUGCUACCAAUCGCUCAUCCCGCAGAGAGCUAGCCUCAGCAAACACAGCUCGUGUGAUUCAGUGCAGAGACAAAGGCCCGCGUGAGUCGUUGUGGGCGUUUGGUUUGGAUGAAAGCCUCGGGAGGCCUCGAGCGUCAGAUGAAAGCUGCCUUUUGUUGAUUGGAUUCACUUCAGAGGUGUAGUUUCACCUGCGUGGGUCGUUUUCUCACAGUUAUCAGUCAGAGGUGAAGUCCAGCAGUCUGAUGAACUGCGAACACAGGAAGACCCACGUUUACUGCCCGCUCACAUGCAGCGCUUCAAAACCAGAGUCCCACCCUCAGACCGAACACACAGCUGUGUGAGUAAAACUCGCGUUUAGUCUUUAAAAUACAAAUCAUACUGGUGGUAGUAAAAGAUUAGGGUAGUAAGCUCUCAGUACACCUGCACAGGUACGCUGCUGGCCGUGAGUCAGACCUGCUGCCGGCAACUUUGAAUAAUCUUUGAUUAUUACUGUGGACAGAAUUUCCAGGUCUCAGGUCGUUCCUGUUUGGAGCUGUUGAGGCUGAACCAGACGGCAGACAGACUCAUCUCUGCGAGCUGUCGUCACGUGACCAGGACGGGACACGUGUGAUGGGUCGCCGUCGCUGAACAGACGGAGCUCACACCGCAGAGACGUUCCUCUUUUCCUUUUUUGCUUUUAAGGUGAAGCUUCUGCAAACGUUGCUGCUGAGUCUUCAGACAGAUUCACCAACGUCUGCACGCUGCGUUAGCUACGACUCACCUGAGCAGAUCUUGUCCUCGUGCACCAGCAGCAGGAAGUCACAUACACGGCAGUAAAUAUUCACGUUUUACUAUCAUUAUUAUUCAUGACUGUAUUAGUCGAAACCUUAUAAAUGAAAAAGUUGUAAACAGCUGAAACUUGGAUUUUUGAGAUGGUGAAACUUUAUUUAGGACUCCAGACUUCCCAACAGCCACUCAGAGACCCGCCCACACGGCUCGGCGGUUCCUCACAGCCUGGAUGUGAAACUCGUUCUGUGGAAUAAAGAGAACAAAGGCAUCUUUACUCUGGGCCACUUGCUUUCGACUGACUGUUAGUGCACGAGAUUUCUGCUGGAAACCUGAAAUUCAGCCACAGAAACGCUGUGGUUUGAUCCCGCCUCCUCCGCGCUACAGGUCCAAGUAAUCUGGGCGAGAUCAGAAGCUCCGAGUUGCUCCUGAGCUUCCGCGUGAAGCUGUUACUGCUGCAUUUACCAGGCUGAGGUCAGGAAACACUGAUGAGGUCUCACACCGAGCUGACGUUCACGUUCGAGCUGCUUCUCAGUAAUUACAGCUAUAAUUAUAAUUAUGGCACCAGAGCCUGAGCUGGUAUCUCUCACACACCAGCUCAGUGUUGGGCUGUCUCUGUAAAAAUAUUUUAUCACUGAAUAAAACUCAACUUUAGAUGAGAUGAAAAAUAUGCUUCAAAUAAGUUUAAUCUGAAUCUGAGGAGGACCUGAUGGAUGUGAUCAGGCGCAGGAUCACGAGUGUUUCUAUUGGAGCGUCUGCUCUGAGCCUGGGUCCAGAUAAACAGCCUCAAACAGACAAACACCUGAAACAGGAAAAUCAAGCUGACAAAAACAAACUUCGCUCACAUGAAAAGUGUUCUGGUCUCAGCUCGUUCUGCGCCUGCGGUUUUGUUUUCAAGGACGCUGGGUGGAAUUAGCAUCAGUCUUCAGGUCAGAAGCUCAUCACUGUAACCUUCAGGCUGCUGUCAGAAAAACAAAUUAAAGUCUUUGUGAUCUGCAGGCCUGAGCGCCGCUCACUGCACGCUGAGGAAAAUGGAAGACCUUGGCAUUUCCAAAGGAAAUGUUAACACGCUGCGAUUCUGGUUCCACAUUUUAACACACUGUCAUCCUGUCAUGUUGGGACUCAUAAAGGCUUCACAUACAGUGUGUGUGUGUCCGUACUGUAGCAGUCAGGCGGAGGCUGAUAUAUCUGCAAUGACGUGCCUUAAACAACAGCGAGGAAGAUAAGUGAGGUCGGUGUGAAAUGUGAUUAAAGCACAGCCUUCCCCUCGCCUUUGAUUUAAAGGAGCACGACACAAACAACUCAUCUCUCCCACCCACACACAGACUUCAGAGGAAAAGCAUGAAAAACCAGCAAAGAGCAAAAGAGGACAGAGAGGACGGAGACGCCACGUCAGCACUCCGAGAGCAACUUUGGGGCACGUUUUACUCUUUAACGUGAAAAAGUCCUGCAGGAAGAAACGAGUCUGACCGUCGCAUCAGCUGACCCCGUGCAGGACCGUCAGUCAGCUGACGUUUGUCCGGGUGCAGCGUUCCAGGUUAUUCGGCUUAUUUCUGGAUAGCAGGGAAGUGUUCAUGGACUGUGGAGUCCACGUGUUUCCUGCCCUGCGCGGGGCAGCAGGUGCAGCUCCAAUCUGAGAUGUUUUACAGGUUUCUGUUGCAGCGAGCUCCUGUUCUGUGACGCAGCGACAGGGUGGCAAAGAAAUCAGAUGGGGAGGCAAAACCCAAGCCUUUCUUUUUCAAACACAUGCAGGUGGUUACAUGUGGUUAAAAUGAUUCAAAUGCAGUAAGUUUACAUGCUUUUCAUAUAAAUAUGGUCCAUAACUUGAUUAUUGUCUGUAGCCCACAUGAUUACACACUUUAGUUACAUAAAACAUGAGUUUUGAUCUUAUGUACUGUACAGCCUGUAUAAUAAAUAAAUAUGUCGCCCAAUAAAUAUAAAACCCAGAAA